AUGGCCCAUCAUGACCCUGAACGUGUUGCCCGCAUCAUGCUCUCUUGGGACUCCCUCGAACCAGUCACCUGCACUCCCCUGCAAACCCUGUGGGCUGGGUAUGGAGAGAUCUGUGCCAUUACUGCCCGGGCGACAACCAAUGCGGCAGCAGAGCAUCUGAGCAAGCUUUGCGGUGUGAAACCCGGCACUACAGGAUCUAUCUACCCUUUGAUCCUGAAACUCAUCUCUCCCCCGAGAAAAAGCACCAGCAAUGCCGAUGAGGGCCACUUGCGAAAGAUGCUGAGCUAUGAAGUAGAGCAGUACUUUUAUAGUAAUGUGGUUCCGCUUCUAGAUGACGAAAUUGGUAUUGCGCAGUGCCUUUCUUCGACUAGGGGCAUAGAUGGCCGAAAAGAUGAAGAGCAAUUGAAGGAUCUCAUGGCCACCAUCAUGGUAGAUCUGCGUCCAAAGUUCCCGGUCGCUGGAGAGAAGAGAAGUGUUCUGAGCCACACUCAGGUCUGCGGCGCUCUAGACUGGCUGGCUAGAUUCCACAGCCGGUCAAAGCGGUUGUUGCCGGAGAGUCUGGGCAGCUGUGUGUUACCACCCUUGGAAGAAUCCAAAAGGAGAAAUAGCACAGGUAAAUCUGCUGGAAGUGGACUGUGGCUGAAUGGGGGAUAUACCUACCUUGCAACGCGGCGGAAGGAAUACGCCUCCCUCGUUGAAGAUGACUCCGAAUGGACAGAUGCGAUGUGCAAAGUGCCGAAGGAUUCCUCCCUAUCCGUUGCUGAAAUGGUUGCAUUGGUACUGACGCCCCGAGGAAGAUCUGUUGAAUCAUACAUCCACGGUGACGUGAAGUCCGAGAACCUCUUCACGAAUGACAAGGGAGACGAGGUGGCGUUCUUCGACUUCCAGUACGUUGGUGUUGGUCUGGGUGUUUGUGACCUGGCAAAAUUAUUCACCUGCUCGGUGCCAUUGCAUCUGCUCGUUGAUGAGCCCGGUUUGCCCGAGGAACUAUCGAUGUGCGAGGGUGAAAGGAAACUGCUGGAGCGGUACCGUACUCAACUCCUUCAGGACCAGCAGAGCGAAUAUGAAUGGGAAGUGUUCACUCGACACUGGGAGACAGCUCUUGUCGACUGGUGCAGGUUCCAAGCUUCCUGGGGAUUCUGGGGCAAUACCGAGUGGCUGGAGGCCCGUGUCAGGUCUAUCUUAGCUGACCGGGCGUGGAGAGACUGGCUAGAUCAACAAGUGAUUGAUUGCCAAUAG